CUGGGCGUAUAAAGCGGCGCCGAGAGCGUGAAACAAAGCAGACCGAUCGGAAUUGGACUUGGGAAGAGAGGCGCGGAGUCAGGCAGAAAACUUGUUGGAGAGGAGUAAAGAGCCGCUGCCGCUCCUCCUCCACUCGGCUGUGCUUAAAGGGGUUCCCUCCGGCCUUGCGAUUUAUUUUUAUAUCUGCUUUUUAUAGAGAGAACUAUAUAUAUAUAUUUUUUCUUCUAAAGAGACAAUUCCUGUUCCAAGAGAAAAUAAGGCAACAUCAAUGAAGGAGAGAAGAGCCAGCCAGAAAUUAUCCAGUAAAUCUAUCAUGGAUCCUAAUCAGAACGUGAAAUGCAAGAUAGUAGUAGUGGGCGACAGCCAGUGUGGGAAAACCGCGCUGCUCCACGUCUUCGCAAAGGACUGCUUCCCCGAAAAUUACGUCCCUACGGUGUUUGAGAAUUACACUGCCAGUUUUGAAAUCGACACACAAAGAAUAGAGUUGAGCCUGUGGGACACUUCAGGUUCUCCUUACUAUGACAACGUCCGUCCACUCUCUUACCCAGAUUCUGAUGCAGUGCUCAUUUGCUUUGACAUCAGUAGACCAGAGACUCUGGACAGUGUCUUAAAAAAGUGGAAAGGUGAAAUCCAGGAGUUUUGUCCCAAUACCAAGAUGCUGUUGGUGGGCUGCAAGUCUGAUUUACGGACAGAUGUCAGCACACUAGUGGAACUCUCAAAUCACAGGCAGACUCCUGUGUCAUAUGAUCAGGGGGCAAAUAUGGCCAAGCAGAUCGGAGCAGCCACUUACAUAGAAUGCUCAGCUUUACAGUCAGAAAACAGCGUCAGAGACAUUUUUCACGUCGCCACCUUGGCGUGUGUUAAUAAGACAAAUAAAAACGUUAAGCGGAACAAAUCGCAGAGGGCCACAAAGCGGAUUUCGCACAUGCCUAGCAGACCAGAACUCUCAGCAGUUGCUACGGACUUACGGAAGGACAAAGCGAAGAGCUGUACUGUGAUGUGAGGCUUCGCCGUCUAUAAGGAGGACGCGGGAAUAUCUGGUGUUUAAAAAAAAAUAAUUCAAAUUAAAAAUUUUAAAAAAGCAGGAUCAAACCGGAAAGAUGGAGUCAAAUGAAGUGCACAGCCAAAGUCACAUAGACACAGGCUUAGGAGGCCCUUGAAAGGAUACCCACUUUUCGGAAUCCUGUCCUUUAGUUUCGGCAUGUAGACCGAGUGGUGAGAAGCGAAUGCGUUGAAAAGCUUUGUGUGACAAGAAGUGUGACUUGAAAAAUCCGCCAAAAAACAAAGGGAGCUACGAACGGGCAAGCGUUAGAGAAGUGGGGGUCGCCAGUACCUCCGAGAAGAACAUCCACGCUCCGAAUGGUGCUUGAGUAUUUUCGGUUUUGUGUUUGUGGUUUUGUUACAACCUAUUCGUGGAUCUCUACUUUUUGAUUUCGUUUUUUUUCAAUGUUUUAAUCCCUUUUCCCAAAAAGUAUAUAUUAGUAGACCGUCCUCGUUGGGGAACUCGCACUGUGACCUUAGCGUUUAGUUUUUCUAGAGGAUGCGAUCUAAUUUCUUCCUAGCUCAUCAUUAAAAUGGAAAUUGUACUGGGACCCGGUGGGAUUCGAGAGGAAAACUUGACGCGGCUUUGAAAUCUUGACUUCCUGAAGGUCGCUGCUGAGCAAGAUGGUUUGAAAGCAAGCCUUCCGCGGCCUUACAAGAUGCAUAGACCAGCACUACAGUGAUUGCGUAGAUCAACUAGAACAGAGUGUUGCUUUUUAUUCUGUCUGAUGGUUCUGUUCAUCCUUGUGAUUGUCCUUAACAAGUGGUAAAUUGUUCAGUGUAAUAUUUUUUGUGCGCUGUUUAGAAAAGUGUGUGUGGCUUUUGUUUUUCUUUUUGCCAUCGUUGAUGAAAACGAGAAGUCAAAUAAAAAAUGUGAUCGUC